ACGUGGCUCAGUCAGCUGAUGCUAACUCUUAGCAGGACUGACGGUUCCCCAGCGGCAGUGACGGUCUGACGGUCGGCCAGGAUGCCUUUCUCCGAGCUGUAUUUUAACGUCGAUAACGGCUACCUGGAGGGCCUGGUCAGGGGCUUCAAAGCUGGAAUACUGUCUCAGGGCGAUUACUUAAACCUGGUUCAAUGCGAGACUCUGGAAGACCUGAAGCUCCAUCUGCAGAGCACCGACUACGGCAGCUUCCUCGCUAACGAGGCGUCUCCGCUCACCGUGUCGGUCAUCGACGACAAGCUGAAGGAGAAGAUGGUGGUGGAGUUUCGCCACAUGAGGAACCAGUCGUACGAACCUCUGGCCAGUUUUAUGGAUUUCAUCACGUACAGCUACAUGAUUGAUAACGUGAUCCUGCUGAUCACCGGCACGCUGCACCAGAGGGCCAUCUCUGAGCUCGUCCCAAAGUGUCACCCGCUGGGCAGCUUCGAGCAGAUGGAGGCGGUCAACAUCGCCCAGACCCCCGCCGAGCUCUACAACGCCAUCCUGGUGGACACGCCGCUGGCUGCCUUUUUCCAGGAUUGUAUAUCUGAGCAGGAUUUGGAUGAAAUGAACAUUGAAAUCAUCCGUAACACUCUCUACAAGGCUUAUCUGGAGGCUUUCUACAAGUUCUGCUCUAAUCUGGGAGGAACGACCGCAGACACCAUGUGUCCGAUUCUGGAGUUUGAGGCUGACAGACGAGCUUUUAUCAUCACCAUCAACUCCUUCGGCACAGAGUUGUCCAAAGAGGACCGAGCCAAGCUCUUCCCGCACUGCGGCAAGCUUUACCCAGAAGGCCUGGCGCAGCUGGCCAGAGCCGACGACUACGAGCAGGUCAAGGCGGUCGCUGAUUAUUAUCCUGAAUACAAGCUGCUGUUUGAAGGCGCUGGGAGCAACCCAGGAGAUAAAACCCUGGAGGACCGCUUCUUCGAGCACGAGGUGAAGCUGAACAAGCUGGCUUUCCUCAACCAGUUCCACUUUAGCGUCUUCUACGCCUACGUCAAGCUGAAGGAGCAGGAGUGCAGGAACAUCGUGUGGAUCGCAGAGUGCAUCGCCCAGCGGCACCGCGCCAAAAUCGACAACUACAUCCCAAUAUUCUGAGCACUCAGCUCCACCUUCCUCCCAUCGCCCGCCCUCCCGUCAUUUCAUCUGGUCUCAGGGUAAAACCUGGAUCCAGAAUUGGCUCCGAAACGUUCGUCUAGAUGUAGGUUGGUUUUCUAUGUGGUACAUUUUCUGCUCUGCACUGAAAAAACUUAACUUUUACCAAGUAAUUUAGUCUAGUUUCUAGUGUAACUAUCUUAGUUCAACUGAAAUAAAACAAAAC